UUGCGAGCAAUGAACAUGGUAAGCCUCGAUAUUAGCAAAAGAUCGAUUGGCUUAGACUCAGUCAAUGUCUCGUUUCUAAGGGACGAGGGCACGCAGGCUGGAAAGAAGCCUUUCCCACUCGUCAUUACCCCUCGUUGGGAAUCGUCGCUUUCUUUUUUGACAACUUGGAUGGAAGCCAAUCGUGCUUGGCUCGAUGAAAGAUUGUUGCAAUAUGGGGCUGUUCUCAUCCGUGGUUUUGAGAUUGAUAGUGGUGCGGACAUGCAAAAGGCCAUGCGAUCCUUUCAACCCAAACUCAACAAUACGUACCGUGGAACAUCUCCCCGUAAUCUCAUCCCAGGCACAGAAUACAUAUUUUCCGCAGCCGAAGUUCCCGUCAACUACCCAAUUGCCCAGCACUUGGAAAUGUCUUUUCUGCCGGCACCACCAAAACAACUCUUUUUCGGUUGUCUGCAACCAUCCCAAUCGACCGGGGGUGAGACUGCCUUAGCCGACUUUCGUAAGGUUUAUCAGGACUUGCCUUGUGAUUUACGCCAAAAACUUCUCGAGAAAGGAGUGCGCUACACCCGGACUCACUACAAGCAGGGCGCACGGUUCACCUACGACGUGGCCUCUAUGUUGAGUUGGUCGGAACUUUUCGGGACUUCUGACAAGGCAACAGUAGAACGAAUGUGCGCGGCCGAAGGGACGCCUGUGCAGUGGACAGGUGAUGAUACCUUCGUGAGUAUAACCCAGGCCUCUCCUUAUCAGCUUCAUCCUGUAACAAAAGAACCUGUUUGGUUCAACCAUAUUCAAGUCUUUCACUGGACAACAUUUACAGCCGAACUCUGGUUCUCAUGGAAGCGUACACGUGAUUGGAGACUCUUAAUCCACUGCUUCUUUGUGACUUGUUUCUGCCUGAUCAAAUAUGGUAUGUUGGGACACAGAAUGAGUCUACACUCUACGUUUGGAGACGGUGAAGAAAUAUCUGUCGCAGAAAUGAACAAGAUCCGCCACGCCAUUCAUCGGAACAUGGUGUUUAGCCGAUGGGAAAAGGGAGACGUCAUGCUUAUUGACAACUUUUCGACAUCGCACGGGCGCCAGCCGACUUACGAUAAGGGACGCAAAAUCGUCGUUGCUUGGGCCGAUCCAAUGGUAAAGACGAAUGAAUUCGUUACAAACACUACUGCAGUUGCAAUUCAAAACGAAGCUAGAAUUGUGGUGAACGAAUCGGAAUUUGUGCAUAUGGAGAAUCCUCAAGAGCGCACACCGCCAUCAACAUUGACGAAAGAAGAAUCCGAUGUCCUCCAAGAGCAGCUGUCCACCAAAAACUCUAUUCUGCAAAACUAUGGAGGCAUGAAUCCACAGGACGAAAUAUUUGAGUCGACAAUCUUGGUCAUGAAGAGAAUCGUAGCCGAAGCCGAGCGCAAAUCGCACAAGAAAUCGUUUAGUCAGCCCUCUCUCAUGCAUCUUAGCCAAGUGUGGGAAUCGUAG